AAUAGACAAUUUUGCAUAUUAUCAGUGUAAGUGCAAGUAGUCACGAUGUCUUUUUAUAGCAUCAUCACUUUUGUAUUCUCAAUCUGCCUAGUUGCUAUUGCAUUCGGCGACAGUGUGCAAAAUGGAACACCGGAAUUAGCAAAUUCCCCGGUUGCUGAAACCAGGGCCGAAACUAACAACAUUCGCGAUUGUAUAAACCCAAGCGCCACGAAAUCGAUCGUUUACACCAAAACUGUUACUGAACCAAGACGCUUCCUUUCAUACGCCAGGAAAACUGUUACUUAUCCUUCUGAAGGUAUCGGCAGCCAAGCCAUAACGUGCAUUGUGGUGACUGAUAGAGCUGGUACUGGAGGAUACGCCUCAAUAACAAACGGAGGUAUCGGAAGUACUUAUGUCGAAAUAUCGCUAAGAUCUGCUUGGAACAGGGAAUUAAAUUUCAACAUUCAAUUGUAUGUCGAUGAAUAAUAAACCAUUGUCGAUUUAGGAUUACAGUGAUUUCAUCUUUCUUCUUUGUCAAUAUGUUAACAUUUUAACCGGUUUAAAAUAAAAGAAGUGCAUAAUC